UCCGUUGGUUUAGUUUGGCGAGCAUGUUGAGAGUAAGACUUGAUUUCAUAAGAAUUUACACGAUUUUAGCGUAAAGUUCGAGUUUUCAAACAACCCCACAGCAUUCACAUUUUAGUGUACCAGACAGCUAUGGGCGAUAAAGUUGUGGAAAUCAGCUAACGUUAGCUAACUGAAUGUCUUUCCGUCAGUUGGAAUUGUCAGAAGUUGGCUAGUCCCAAGCUAGCUACUACGUAGCUAACGUUACAACCGUGAGGAGAGGCUGCAGUUUGUUGUGAGCGUCUGAUAGCCUGCGGUGGGUCGUCGCCAGCUAGAAAAACACCACGUCUGUCGAGCUGCUGUGAACGCGUUUCCUUGUUUUGGACGCGAGGAGCUGUUUGAGAUAUCCCACCAUGGAUCCGUUUGACAGUAACAGCACAGAGAGAGCUAACCUGCCCAGGAACAUGAUUGAGAACAGCAUGUUUGAAGAGGAGCCUGAUGUUGUGGAUUUGGCCAAAGACUCAGCUGCAUUUCCAACGUUUCCUGCUCUUGACCCAGAUGAGGUGGUGUAUGAGCCUCGUAGCUCACGGCUGCUUGUGCGAGGCCUUGGAGAGAAUGACAUGGACGAGGAUGAGGAGGACUGUGAAUCUUCAGCCCGUCUGCUUGGCAUGUCCUUCAUGAACCGUAGCUCUGCUCACAGAUCCAACUCUUCCCCUUACACCAGACAGGCUCCACCCAGGUCAUGUUCACGGCCCUCAGCUCGCACCAUGGUUGUGUGCGUGUUAUUUCUGGUGAUAGUGGUCUCUAUGACCAUGGUACUGUACUUCUUACCUGGAUGCACCUUUACCAGGACGGGUUGUCCCAAGACCAACACGACCUCUCCCCUGGAGCCAGUCUACCCUCUCUCCACAAAUGGCAAACCAUUUCCAUGGGCACAGCUGCGGCUGCCUCGCAGUAUACACCCUCUAAGCUAUGACCUCACCCUGAACCCUGACCUCGACAAGAUGACCUUCACCGGCCGCACUAUCAUCAGCAUGUUUGCACGUCACAACACCAAGAUCAUCGUGCUGCACAGUGCUAAUCUCAACAUCACCAAAGCUACCUUCAAGCUGGGUGAUGGGAAGGACAGCGAUGUAACUGUACUGGAGUACAAACCCAGACAGCAGAUAGCUGUGCAGUUCCCUGAGGAGCUGAAGGCAGGCCAGUAUUGUGUUUUGACCUUGGAUUACUCUGCCAACCUCUCACAUACCUAUGAUGGUUUCUACAACAGCUCAUACACGGAUAAAGACGGAGUCAAAAGGGUCUUAGCUGCAACCCAGUUUGAGCCACUGUCAGCAAGGAAGGCCUUUCCUUGCUUUGAUGAGCCGGCUUUCAAAGCCACCUUCUUGAUUAAAAUCAACAGAAAACCAGACUACAUGACUCUUUCCAACAUGCCUCAGGCUAAAAGCACACCACUUUCCAAUGGCCUCGUGCAGGAUGAGUUUGAAAAGACCAGUGUCAACAUGAGCACGUAUCUGGUGGCUUUCAUUGUCGCUAAUUUCACCCCGAUCAGCAGAAAUGUCUCAGAAACUCUGGUGUCUGUGUACUCUGUGCCAGAGAAGAGGGAGCACACUGACUAUGCGUUGGACACAGCCUCCAAACUGCUGGAGUUCUACAAUCACUUCUUUGAUAUUAACUACCCCCUCAACAAACUAGGUGAGUAUACACAGGCACUUGCACAUUAUUUCCCUCUCCAACUGAUCUCUUUUCUCCCCUCUUUACGCACCUUAAUAUACACCCUUUCUCUUUUCCCAGACUUGGUGGCCAUCCCAGACUUCCUGGCAGGAGCCAUGGAGAACUGGGGACUCAUCACUUUCAGGGAAACCAGCCUGCUGGUGGGCAAACAGUCCUCACCUCUGGAAAAACAAGCCGUUGCCUCUGUCGUAGCACAUGAGCUCGCUCAUCAGUGGUUUGGGAACUUGGUAACGAUGAGCUGGUGGAAUGACCUGUGGCUCAACGAAGGCUUUGCCACUUACAUGCAGUACAUGUCCCUGCAGACAGUGUUGCCCAAGCUGGACAUUGGUAAUUUGUUCCUGGCAGUACGCUUCAGAGCACUGGACAAAGAUGCACUAAACUCCUCCCACGCUGUGUCGACUGAGGUCAAUAAGCCGGAACAGGUGGAAGAGAUGUUUGACUCCGUCUCCUAUGAGAAGGGUGCUUCAAUUCUCUUGAUGCUGAACGCCUCCCUACCAGAGGAACAACAGUUCAGAAAGGGUAUCAUUCAGUACCUAAAACAGUUCAGUGGAUCAAACACGGACACUGAUGACCUCUGGAACAGCCUUACACAGGUCGAAGUCUCUUCGCAGCACCUGAAUGUGUCAGAGAUGAUGAGCUCAUGGACAUCACAGAAAGGCUUCCCAUUGGUCACUGUAAGCCGCAAGGGAGAUCAGGUGACCCUCACGCAGGAGCACUUCUUGCUCACGACUGAAAAUGCCACGCAUACUUCCAGCUUGUGGAAUAUUCCAGUGAUGUACGUAAAUGACACCUGUAGUUUGGCCCCUGAGUGCAGACAAAUGUUCACUUUGAAGAGCAAGUCAGGGACUCUUAAGCUUCCAGAAAGUGUGAAGUGGCUGAAGUUGAACUACAGAAACACGGGUUUCUACAUUGUCCACUACGGAGACGAGGGCUGGGCUGCUCUUACAGAUGCUUUGUCCAGCAAUGUCAAUGUUCUCUCACAUGAGGACCGUGCCUCGCUCAUACACAACAUCUUUGCUCUCUCCAGACUGGGACGUGUGUCCUUUCAACAAGUCCUCAACCUGUUGAAGUACAUGUCCAAUGAAACUGAGACUUCUCCUGUGACAGAGGCCUUGUUACAGCUCAAUGUUAUCUACCAACUGCUCGACAAAAGACAAGAGCACCUUCUUGUGGCCCGCAUGAAGGUUUAUAUUCGGAGUCAGUUUGGCUCUCUGAUUGAAAAUCAAACAUGGAAAGAGGAGGAGAGUGUGUCUAAACAGGAGCUGCGCUCCGCCCUGCUGGAGACGGCCUGUAGUCUGAAUGAGAACAACUGCACUCAGCGAGCCAAAGCUCUGUUCAAACAGUAUGUCGAGUCCAAUGGGACCUUUCGGAUCCCAGGCGAUCUGCAGCAAGUUGUAUUCACUGUGGCUGCUCAAUCAGAUGAGGAUUGGGAGACUUUGUUCACCAUGUAUCAACAUGCCACCUAUGAUGCUGAGAAGCGAAAAAUGCUACAGGGCCUAGCAUCCACGCAGGACGCACGCAGUAUAGCCUGGAUUCUAAAGGCAGGUCUGAAGGGGGAUCUCAUUCAGACGCAGGAGUUGCCGUUGGUCAUCAGCACUGUGUGUAAAGGCUUUGCCGGUUACUUGUUUGCCUGGGAUUUCAUACAAGAGAACUGGGACUGCCUCAUAGAGAAGUUUCCUGUUGGCUCCUUUGCCAUCCAGACAAUCAUCAAGUCCGUCACCUCUCAGUUCUCCACACAGGCACACCUCAAUCAGGUUCAGGGCUUCUUCUCCAGUCUGAAGGAGCGUGGCUCUCAGAUGAGAAGCGUGCAGGAAGCCUUGGAAACUAUUAGGCUUAACCGGCGCUGGAUGAACGAGAACCUGCCCAUGCUCCAGAAAUGGCUCUAAUACAGACGCUCCAUUCAGUCUCCGCCCCACUGACAGGCAACAGGGGCGUGUCGUCAAGACAACAGCAGCGUUUGCACUAUUAUAGGACGUUGUCUCUUAACUCCCUUUAUCCAGGCCAGAGUACUCAUCAAAGCCAGCAGUUGUGCUCUACCUGGGUGGACAAGGUGUUAGAUCCUCUGGAUUGGUCCUGUGAGUUGUAUUUGCAAGCUCAGGGUGGCUCUGAUGUGUGUCUGACAGGAAGUAGUCGGAUGCAAACACACACUCCUCACACUUUAUGCUGUCGACCAAACCUCUCUUCUGCAGCUCUCAUCUAAACCUCAUGCCUGAGCAGACAAUCAUUCUUCAUCCACACUCCUUUCACUCGGCCUGCUCUCGGGCACUUGACUGUAUGAGCUGUCUAACGGCCACUCCAAAAAGAGCAAGAAUGAUGAAUGUCAACGUUACUGUGUAUGUACGUACCGUCAGUCUGUCCUGGACUUUCUCUCCAAACGUCGGAUAUAUGUUGAUGCAGCUGUCAGGGAUUUAAAAUUGCUGGUACUUCAGAAGGAACUAUUCUUAGAAUUAAACUAACUGUGUGUCAUGAAACUCUAAUUACUCAUGCAACCUGAAGCAUUUAUUAUAUUAGUCAUGAUUUGGCUAGAAGAUGGGUUGGUUGAUUGAUGGAUUGCUUAAAAUACCAAACUUUUGUUGGCAUCAAUUGAAUGUACUGAGAAACCUUCCCACUGUGUACAGUAGAUGGCGUACUGCACAGCAGCGCAGGUUUAAAUCAACCAAUGUGUCUUAGGUUAGAGCAGGCAGUGCACAGUGGAGCCAAAUAUUUCUUUCUUUCUCCACCAGUCAUAAGCCCAGUUUAGCUCCGAUCACCAAGAUUGAUUUUAGGUUUUUUGCCUGCAGUGCAGUCACUGUAAACACUCUUUAACUCAGUGUGCUUGUAAACUUGUAAUUAUAUUGUAAAUAUGCUACAGCAAUUCCCCCCUGCGAGUUUGGAUGUACUGUUUCACACAUCUUGACUUUUAACAUUUUAGGAUUUGCUUUGUGUUGUGUAUAUAGAGUAUAAAGAUGAAAUGUAUACAUAGAAUUGAUCAAGAGUCUUGGUCAAAUACUUUUACUGUAUUUCUUGAUCGAGACCCCUCCAGGGAGGUUCAUUUGCAGAUGAAUGUUUGUGUUUUAAGGGCUAAUGUGCAUAUUGAAGAUACAAAGUGUAAGAAGAACAUUUAUAUUGGGCACGACUAAUCUGUCCAGUGCACUGUUUGUCAGCCAAAUCAAAAUACAGAAGGUUUUAAAGUUACUCCAAUGUCAAUUGGUCAUGUUGCUCCUGAGAGUUAGGAGUAACCAAGCUAUUUAUUGAGUGUGUCUGAAAAUGUUUCCCAUCUUUUGUUACAAGAUUUUAUUUAAAUACAAUUGUAUACUCAGUCUAAGCUUUAUUUAAUGUGGUACUCCUUACUUAUCCACUCCAUCACUGUUGUGACAUUCAGGAUAAUUGAGUAAAUACAGUAGAUUUUGUCAUUUUUAUUGCCUCAAAACAUCCUCAUGAGAUAUGCAUUGCUGUUCUUGGUCAUCAUUCCUCUGAAGCCACUUUGUCUCAUAUAUAUGUAAAAACUUUCAACAUUUAUCUCCUCUCUGCCACGUGUGGGGACCUGUAAAAGUGUCAUUUGUUUCUUGUUUUGCUAAUGACUCCUGCUGGUUUGUCGCAGUAGCUGCCAGGAGAAGUGAGAUAUAAGAGACAGAGGAAAGCCCAGUAAGUGUUAGGUCCUCUUUUACCCCUUUUUCACCAAUGUGGAGCGUGCUCCGCUCUGGUUCCCACACCUAAUUUCAGAGCAUUUCCACAACAUAGAAAUUUGUUCAGAACCUGAAAAGUUGGUUCCAAGCUGGAACCAAAACAAAAAAGGAGAAAUCACUGGGAAAAAAAGUGCAGUGGUCAUAUUAAUAGCAGGUCCAUGCUGAUCUUUGGAUUAAAAAAAAAUAUCUUCAGUAACAGAACAAAAGCUCACAGCUAACAGAUGCAAGUUGUCAUCUUGCUACUUGUGUUUACAUUGUGCCAAACCCUCUGUUGAUGACGCACUCUUGAUUACAGUGAUUCUGAUCAAAACCGUUUAAAAAAAACCAAGAGACACCAAUUAUAUUGAAGGCGUGGUUUCUUGGGAGAAAAGAUCAAGUUGUAAUGAGUUUGUUAGACUUUGAAGAAGUAGCUUACAGUGUAUUGGAUUUUUAAAAACGUCAUUUCAGUUUAGAUCCGCCUAGAGUUUGUCAACAGUAUUGCCACAUGUUUCAUCCAGUCAGAUAACACGUCAAGAAUACUGCAUUUCAUAAUAUCCCCUAAUCCCUAAUUGUGGCUCAUACCAUUUUAUUAUGAAAAACUGACACUUUUUACAGCUGCCAGGAAUCAGAUGAAUUCUAACUUUCAUGUGAAGUCAGUUGCAAUAAGCUUUAAGAGACAAGAAUGGCUGAUGUCAUUCAGGCACCAGGUUCGGUAGAAGUUGCUGAAUCAGUGAUGGGGCGAGAGGAUUGUACCACAUGUGCAGUAAACCCAAUCAGAUGGUCUUUGUUUUUGCACUGGGAUGAAAUGCUGCAGAUGCUUUUGAAACUGUGUUGCUCUACAUGUGAAUAAUAUAUAAAUAAAAGUUGUUUUCUGAA